AUGGCCUCAGUGACGACAAACAUUACAGUGCCGUGGGGCUCCACUGUCCUGAUCAAUAUUUCUAAUCUGACAUCAGCUGGAUUUCCAGGAGUGACAAGUUCUCCAGAGCCUCCCUGCACUAUGUGCUGCUGUGGAUUACUGAACCGCACACUCACUGUUGCUUUCAUGAUCGGUCUUGCUUUUGCCAUUGUCAUUGGAAAUGUGGUGACGCUCACAGUGUUCAUGCAGACGCGCCAGUCCCACACGCCACAGGGCUACCUCAAAGUAUCUCUGGCCAUAGCUGACAUGAUUGUUGGUGUGGUGGUGGUUCCAUUCUCUGUUUACACUGAGAUCUCCAUCAUGGUGACCAGCACUCUUCCUAAGUGGUACCAGAGUGGAUCUAUGGACUCAGCAAGAGAACUGUCCAGUGCCUGGCAACCCUGCCUUGUGAUCGGUCCGAUGUUCACUGGCUGCACUUUCAUCUCUAUUAGCACAAUAUUCUUGAUGACGGUGGAGCGCAGUGUGGCCAUUUUAUGGCCAUUACAGAAAGAUACAUUUGUGACCCGGCGACGGACUUUGCUCCUGAUCCUCAUCUCAUGGACUGGGAGCUUCCUGCUUGCAGUUGCGCCCCUAAUCUUGAGUGACAGCUUGACUUUCGAGUACAACGAGUGCAGCCGAAUGUGUAUCUAUGUUCCACUCCUGAUGGGUCUUCAGUUGCCGGCUGACACCAACAUUAUGCUGCUAUUUCCGGCCUUUGACUUCACACUCCUGGGCAGCACAUUGAUUGUUAACAUCCUGUCCUUCACCAGCAUCUGCCGCUACACCCGGAAACGCAAGCUCCUCUUGGAGGGCCUUGAGGGAAGUACAAGCAUCUCCUCCCACAGACCAUCCUUUACAGACAUCAAAGCUGCCAAAACUAUUGCCAUUCUUACCCUUAGUUUUGCUGCUUCAUUCUCACCCAUUGCCGUCUUUGUGCUGGGCAACGUGGUCGGCUACACUUGGUGCAACUUCUCCUUUUUCGCUUUCUGGAUCCUAACAGGGAAUAGCUGUUGUAACGUGAUUAUCUACAGCAUCAGGGACCAUCGCUUUAGAAAAGGAGUGUCACUUCUUUUUCAUAGGGAGCGUUCACAAGCACAUUCUGAAAAGAGCUAAUAUUUCAAUGAGUAGACUCGAUCCCAGGUCUACACCACCAUCACCUACUCCUGGAUACCUGACCACAAGAAUGGAAGAGUGCGUUUAGCAGUUUUUUUCAUUUGGCUUUU